AAUGCUAAAUCUUAGGUAUUCUAUAAGUCGUGUGGAACUUUCACACACAACUGAUAAAUCGCAUAGAACUAUUCUUUUUAAUUUAAAUAAAUCAGAAAUCCGCAUUGUCUUUAUAAGGCAUACAACGCAUUUUAAGAAGGUGAAUUUAAUACGUUUGAUUCAAUCUUUGUUGAUUUUGGCUUUGUUUACAGUACAGCUCUUGGUCACACAAAAAAACACUUUCCCCUUUAAAACUGAGAUACCUAAGUGGCCAUUUCAUUACAUUUUACACUCAAUUUCAUGUCCCUCUCAAAGUAUUUGUAUUUAUUUUGGCUUCCAUUGAUUUGUAGGACUUGUACAGCAACAUAUACACUUGCAAAUGUCAAGGACAUAAUGAUGUUUACUCAAUAUGUGAUAAAGCAAAUGCUAUGAAAAUUGGUCAGAUAUAUAUGUUUCCUGUGACAUGCAAAUAUGCUGCCCACAACAGCAGUGAUAUAUGACUGUAAAUUAUACUAAUAAAAUAUUAAACUUACAUAUUGCAGUGUCUAAAUAAUUUAUAAAUAGUAUGUAAGCAGGUGUAAGGGGUCAUAUAAAUUAUGGUUUGGAACAGUCUGUCCGACUUGUGUACGUAAUAAAAUAUUGAAAUAAGUAUUACUCAUGGUAUUGCUCAUUUAAAGACAUUUUACGCACUUCUUUUGAAAAUGCAUGGUCUUAUUCGGCUGUCUUCUCAUUUCUUAAAUAUUGAUCACUUCUGGCUAUUAUACUCCGUUUUUAAAUUGCCGGCCAAUUAAACUUGCUGUACAGAAUAAUAAGAGCAAUUUUUAAGCCAGCAAGUGCUGUACGCGCGGUUAAAAACACGGAACGCGGACCAGUGGAAGGGCUCUGGCGGAGAAAAAGACCCCAGUAUUUAAAAACGAAAAGGAGGCAGCACUAGCCCAUGGCAUUAACACUCUUCGGGAAGCAAGCUUAAAAAGAAUGUAUGUGUUAAUAUAACCUUGAGGCAUAUGCAUGUUGAAAAGCAUUAAGUACCCAACCAAAUAUAAUACAAGCAAGUAAACUGACAGAAUAUUUGGGGCUUGUUUUUAUCCGGUUGAGUUUACUAUUUCUGCCCCUUUCUCUGUCAAUAGGAUGUUUUUAAGUGUUUUUUUUUUAAUCUCUUCUCCCCCCUUUUAUAAACUACGCCAUCAAGUGCAAUACUAAUAUAUUACCAGCAACACCCCCCCACUCCGUGCGUCUCAUCUAUUCCUUCUCCCAGGCGACAGUAAGAUCUCAUAAGGAGCCUCUGUUCGGGCCGCCUGAAUGGACUUUGAGGAGGAAAAAAAACGGACGAUCCGCUGAUACCAUCAAACAAACCAAUAUAUCUGGACAAUGUUGCUGCAUGUAUGAGACCGAGGACACGUUACUGCAGUUUUAAGACAGAGCACCAACAGCACGAUACUGCAAGACACUAUCAAGCAAUAUACAGCUAGCGGGCAGCUAGGCAGGCUGCGAUCCUGCCACAAAUUGUACAAGCUGUAUAAUAUUAUUGUAAGAUCUCUAUUUUGUCCUCUUGUACCUUGUAAGGGGGGUUUCUGAACGGACUGCGGUAGACUUCGUGCCGGACGUUUCUGUUUUAUCUGCACGGGUUGUUUCUCCCCUCCGAAGAUCACGGAUUACUUCUUUGCGAAGAGAUAUGGAUGUAUAAUAAUAAAAACAACAACAUCGAGGAGAUGACAAGGCGCUGAACUGUCGUGCUGCUAAAGCCUAUUAGCUCCAACUUUUAGGGGGGUUGGCAGUUUCGCUUGGCAAUGAACUGGGAGAGAGUGCAUGUUUACUCCUGUGAGCCACGCGCAUUAAAUGGGGAUGAGUUCCAUCCGUUCAUUGAGGCCCUCCUGCCGUAUGUGCGCGCCUUCGCCUACACCUGGUUCAACCUGCAGGCGCGCAAGCGCAAGUACUUCAAGAAGCACGAGAAGCGGAUGACCAAGGACGAGGAGCGCGCGGUCAAGGACGAGCUGCUGGGCGAGAAGGCCGAGGUCAAGCAGAAGUGGGCGUCCCGGCUGCUGGCCAAACUGCGCAAGGACAUUCGGCCCGAGUGCCGCGAGGACUUCGUGCUGACCAUCACGGGCAAGAAGCCGGCCUCCUGCGUGCUCUCCAACCCCGACCAGAAGGGCAAGAUGCGGCGGAUCGACUGCCUGCGGCAGGCCGACAAGGUGUGGCGGCUGGACCUGGUGAUGGUGAUCCUCUUCAAGGGCAUCCCUCUGGAGAGCACGGACGGCGAGCGGCUGGUGAAAGGCGGCCAGUGCACCAACCCCGUGCUCUGCGUCCAGCCUCACCACAUCGGCGUCUCCGUCAAGGAGCUCGACCUCUAUCUGGCCUACUUCGUCCGGGAAAGAGAGUCGGAGCAGAGCAGCAGCCCACAGACGGCAAUCGGCUCCGACCAGGAGGACAGUAGAGCAGCCACCACAGAUUCGCCGGAUUUUAAGGAAAGCUUUGUGACGUCGGGAGUUUUCAGUGUGACGGAGCUGGUGCAAGUCUCCAGAACCCCCGUCGUGACGGGAGCAGGACCCAGCUUCUCCCUCGGGGAGCUGCAGGGGCACCUGGCCUAUGACCUGAACCCCUCCGCCAUCGGCCUGAGGAGGACACUGCCCAGCACCUCCUCCAGCGGGAGCAAGAGACCCAAGUCUGGCUCCAUGGAGGACGACAUCGAUACCAGUCCUGGGGGAGAAUACUACCCAUCACCCACUUCUCCUGCCAGCGGGUCCCGCAACUGGCAGGAGGAGAUGGAAGGCGGGAUCUCUCCUACGGUGAAGAAGACGGAGAUGGACAGCCCGUCCCCCCAGGAAGACUCUCCGCGCCUGAGCAGCUUCACGCAGCACCACCGGCCUGUCAUUGCGGUGCACAGUGGUCUUUCCCGGAGUCCACACCCCUCCUCUUCUUUGCACUUUCCUACCACCUCCAUUCUGCCCCAGUCGACCUACUUCCAACACACGGCCAUCCGGUACCCGCCGCACCUCAGCUCCCAGGACCCCCUGAAGGACCUGGUCUCGCUGGCCUGUGACCCCUCCAGCCAGGCACCCGGCCCGCUCAACGGCAGCGGGCAGGUGAAGGUGCCUAGCCACUACGCCAUCUCCUCUCAGAUGCUGGCCCCCCCGCCCCCGCCCCCGCCCAGCAUGCCCCGCCUCACACUGCCGGCCGACUCCAAGUCCAGCACCACCACAGAGGGAGAGGCCAGCUCUCCCACGUCACCCACAUACUCUGCCCCUGGGACGCCCCCAACCAGCCGGUCUUUUGUAGGUAUCGGACCUCGGGACCACAGCGGACUCUACCAGGCACAGUCCUGGUAUCUGGGGAAUUGAACAACACGAGGAUUCUGCUUAGGGGCAAUGGACACGCACACACACGCAUUUGUGAAUCUUUUUUUGUGGAAUUAGGAAAAAAUGUAAAGGAGAUUUCAGAGGGAAAAACCCUAGUACACCAUAAAGUGUGUAUAUAUAUAUGGGUGUAUAUAUAUAAAUAUAUGUAUGCAAAUAUGUUUAUAUAUAUAUAUCAGUAUAAAAAAAUGAUAAAAUGCUUAAACUUUCAACUCGCCUUGGAAUGAAGAGAGAGGAAGGAAAGGUACGGACAGAGAAAAGAGGAGGCACUGUCUCGGGUGGCCGAGAUGGAGGGGCAGAAACACUACCCCAUUCUUCACCUUGCCCCCCUCCCUGAACAUCUAGCCUGGACACCCCUCCCCCCCCCGCUACAGGUGCUGCUUCCUCAUAUAUGCAAAAUAAAUAUCCUUUAUUUUCUUAA